CAGAAGCAAAUCUGAGCAUUUUUGAACUUUUAUUUUGAAAGGUAUCAUCAGAGCUCCUCACGUUUCAGUGUGAGCUGCUUCACAGGGACGGUGGUGCUUCCCUCUGAGGUUUGACAGGCAGACCUGGUCCCAGACUCUUUCUUCUGUGCACAGCCAAGUAUCCUGAGCUUUCUACUGCUGCUGCUGCUGCUGCUGUUCACUGGGACUUUAAAACUCACAACCUGGAGCUCAGCUGAACCAAAAAACACAAGAAGAAGAGAUUCACAUCCACAGGUGAAACAUGAUCCGGUGGACUUUGCUGCUGGUGUGUCUGAACGUGAUCUCAGCAACGUUCGAUUAUGCUUAUGAAGAGCAGUCUUUUAUGGACCCGGAGGAUGUGCUGAGCGUGAGCAUCACUCUGAAGGAGAUACAGCGACCUCUACUGGGAGCGACGCUGCUGCUGCCGUGCUACUUUGAGGACCACACUGUCCCAGAUCCUGGAGCCCCAACCAUCGUCCCGCUUUCUCAUCGCAUCAAAUGGAGCCUCGUCACCAAAGAGAAGGUCACGACCAUCCUGGUGGCCUUAGAGGGAGAGGUGAGAAUCAGCCCGAGUUACCUGGACAGAGUUCAGCUGGUGAGCUACCCCGGGACGCCGACAGUCGCUAGCAUCAAGAUAUCCGAGCUGCACUCCAGCGACACUGGAGCAUAUCGCUGCGAGGUUCAAAGCGGCAUCGAGGACAGCCACGACAUCGUCCAUGUGCAGGUUCAAGGUAUUGUGUUCCACUACCGACCUAUUACGGGCCGCUACAGUUUGACUUUUGAGGAGGCGAAAGCAGCAUGCACCCAGAACAGCGGCGUCCUGGCUUCACCUGAGCAGCUCCAAGCGGCCUACGACGACGGUUUCCACCAGUGUGACGCCGGCUGGAUCUCUGAUCAGACUGUCAGGUACCCGAUCCAUGACCCACGAGUGGCCUGCUAUGGUGACAAAGAAGAACUUCCUGGGGUCAGAACCUACGGAAUCAGAGACGCCAAUGAGACGUAUGAUGUUUACUGCUUUGCUGAGAAGAUGACAGGCAGAGUUUUCUACACUGCUGCUGCUGAAAAGUUCACCUUCUACGAGGCCGUGGAGGCUUGCUCCAACCAGGGAGCUCAGCUGGCCACCACGGGUCAGCUGUACCUGGCCUGGCAGGGCGGCAUGGACGUCUGCAACGCCGGCUGGCUGGGAGACCGAAGCGUCCGCUAUCCCAUCAACGUUCGUCGGCCGCAGUGCGGAGGAGGUCUGCUGGGCGUGCGAACCGUUUACCUCCACACAAACCAGACGGGAUACCCGCUUCCCGACACCCGCUACGACGCUUUCUGCUACACAGAGGCCCCUGGUGAGGAGGGUUCAGGUCUGACAGAUGAAGGAAGCGGCGUCCUGAGUGUUACCACGGUGACACGGAGGCCGGACGUGUUCUUCAGGACGACGACCACGGAGAGCGAGGCGGUGGGAGAGGUGGAGACCCGGCGUCCCACUGGUGAGACCUUCACCUUCACCACAGAGAGCCCCACGGAGAUGCCGUGGACGCUGCCUCAGCCCCCGAGCCUCACCGAGCCGACCACGGACCUCAUACAGCCGGUCACCGCCCCACCGCAAAUCGGCCGGGGGGCCAGCAAGGGCAUUCCGCCGCCCCCAACUGGCGUGGUCUUCCACUACCGCUCGAGCGGCGGCCGAUACGCCUUCACCUUCGUCGAGGCCCAGCUGGCCUGUCAGAGCGUUGGAGGCCACAUCGCAACUCCACAGCAGCUACAGGAAGCUCAAGGGGCAGGAUAUCACCAGUGUGAUGCAGGAUGGCUCCUGGACCAGACUGUCAGGUAUCCCGUUGUGUUCCCUCGAGAUAAGUGCGCUGGAAAUCUUGGAUAUGAACCCGGAGUUCGGUCCUACGGUCUGAGGCCGGCACAUGAGAGAUAUGACGUGUACUGCUACACUGAGGGGCUCAAAGGAGAGGUUUUCCACGUUGUAUCCGCCGAGGGUUUCACUUACGACGAGGCUUCUUCCAAAUGUCGAGAGCUCAACGCUGUGCUGGCCUCCACCGGGGAGCUCUACGCCGCCUGGAGGAUGGGCCUCGACAAAUGCCGUGCAGGCUGGCUCUCGGAUCGCAGCGUCCGUUAUCCCAUCGUCAAACCCCGAGCCAAGUGCGGAGGCGGAAAAUCAGGAGUGCACACCUUGUACGUUCACUCCAACCAGACAGGCUACCCUGCACUUGAUGCUAGAUUUGACGCGUACUGUUUCAGAGCUGAUAUUCUGCUCAUUGCAAAUGAAACUGGACUGAACAUCACAGAUAUCCAGGAGGCUCUCCUAAACCAGACGUCUAUAACCGAUUUGCUGAGGCCUGGUGUUCACCCCAUCGUUCCUCCCAUCCACGUGGAGGCCUCCGGAUCUGGAUCUGGCUCAGGCUCAGCGGACUUUGGCUCAGGUUCUGCAGUUGAUGGCUCUGCUGGGGGUCCAUCUGGAGACGAGUCUGGUUCUGGAGAUCAAGUAUUUUCUGGAGAUUGGUCGGGCUCUGGAGAGACUACUCCUGGUUCUGGAGAUCAAGUCAUCUCUGGGGAUCAGUCUGGUUCUGGAGAUCAGUCCUCCUCUGGACAUACUCAGUCUGGUUCUGGAGAUCAGUCCUCCUCUGGAGAUACUCAGUCUGGUUCUGGAAAACUGGAAAUCUCUGGAGAUAAGUCUGCCUCUGGAGACCUUUCUGGUUCUGGAGAUAUUUCUGGUUCUGGAAAACUGGACGUCUCUGGAGAUAGGUCUGCCUCUGGAGACCUUUCUGGUUCUGGAGAUAUUUCUGGUUCUGGAAAACUGGACGUCUCGGGAGAUAGGUCUGCCUCUGGAGACCUUUCAGGUUCUGGAGACUUGGUCAUCACUGGAAGUGCUGAGCUGCCUAGUGGAGGAUCAGGUAUCGGCAGUGCGGACGUUUCUGGAUCAGGUCUCAGCGGAGAAGAAUCCGGUAUCACCUCUGUCGUUUUCUCAGGCACCAACAGUAUUUUCUCAGGAGAGAGCUCAGGUUUAGGAGGACCCCAAGAAGUCGGGGAGGGAAGCACUGAGAUCUUCCUGAUAUCUGGUGCAGGCUCUGGGGUGCCCCGUGGUAGUGGGGAUUCAUCCGGGUCUGGUUCUGGUACUGGAUCUGGUUUCAUCACUCCAGAGAGCAGCUCUGGUUUCAUCACCAGUCAGGAGUUUUCUGGGACCAGUGGUUUCCCGUCAGGAUUUGUCUCUGGAAGUGGUAGCGGCCUGUCAGGGGACGUCUCUGGAAGUGGAGACACUCAGAUUUUACUGAUAAAUCACGAACUGGUCGAUGUAUCCGUUCCCACCACCCAGAAGGAGUUCGAGUUCAGUGGAGACGUCGUGGAGCGCACCGUUUCUGGAGACUUUUCAGGAUCAGGGAUUAUGGGGAACGAUCUCAGCGGCUCUGGAAGUGGCUCUGAUUUCUUCUCUGGUGUCACUUUGGUGGGAUCAGGCUUUACUGAACUCCCAAUGUCGUCCUCUGGGGAGCAGGAGGCCUCCGGGUCCUUACUCUACAGCUCUGGACUUGGAAGCGGUGAACAUUUCUCUGGAUUUGGGAGCUCAAGUUUCCCUUCGGGGUCUGGAGCUGGACCUUCUGGAUCAGGACGUCCUGGAUCAGGACUUCCUGGAUCAGGACUCCUUGAAUCAGGAAGUGGAGAUGAAAGCCUUGUUACUUUUGUGACUGAGGAUCCUAUGACAUACGCAUCUGGAGAUGGUGCCAUGUUCAUGGAGCUUGGACAGGAGUCUGUGGACUAUUAUGUAAAAGGAAGUGGUAGCGGAGACUCGUCUGUAAUAGAGACCAUUUUUUCAGAAGCUCCUACAAACACCAAAGACCCAGAGGAGACCCCAGAGUGGAAUGUGGACGAAGGAAGGUUGGGUAUAUUUCGGUUCCUUGUUCCAUUAGGACUGGCAGCUCCCCCUGUUGCAUCAACUUCUCCACAGACACCAGGUGUCGCUGAAGGUGGUUUUAACCCGUGUGAACCGAACCCCUGCGGUGAUGCUUCGUGUUUGGUGGAGGACGGAGUCGCUCUCUGUCAGGAGGUAGACGUGUGCCACUCCAACCCUUGCGCCAAUGGAGCCACCUGUGUGGAGAGUGCAGACUCUUUCAAAUGCUUAUGCCUGCCCAGCUACGGAGGGGAACGCUGCGAGAUCGAUGAGCAGCAGUGUGAGGACGGCUGGAUUAAGUUUCAGGGGAACUGCUACCAGCACUCCUCCGACAGAGAGGUGUGGCUGGAUGCAGAGCAGCGAUGCCGGGACCUGAACGCUCACCUGGUCAGCAUCAACACCCCGGAGGAGCAGAACUUCAUCAACACACUCGCACAGAACUACCAGUGGAUCGGUUUGAAUGACAAGACAGUAGAGAAUGACUUCCACUGGACGGACGGCACUCCACUGCAAUAUGAGAACUGGAGGCCAAACCAGCCAGACGACUACUCCAGCUCUGGAGAAGACUGUGUGGUGACCAUCUGGCAUCAGAACGGCCAGUGGAACGACGUGCCCUGUAGCUACCACCUACCGUUCACCUGCAAGAAAGGACCAGUCUCCUGUGGACCUCCUCCAGAGGUGGGAAACGCUCACACGUUCGGGAAGAGGAGGGACGAGUAUCCCGUCAACGCCAUCGUCCGCUACCAGUGUGACCAGGGGUUCAGACAGCGCCACCUACCGGUGGUUCGCUGUCGGUCGGACGGACGGUGGGACAAACCCCAGGUGGAAUGUACCGAUGUGAAAGCCAGACGACGAAUACUGAACCUGCACAGGAGCAGCAGGAGUCCGGCAGCUAAUAUCUCUAAGAAGUAAAAUAAAUAAAUAAAUUAAAAAAUGAGGAACUAAUUAUUUUAAAAGAACAUGACAAGAAAAAAUCCAGUUAAAAAUUAAAUAUAUUAGUAAAGAUGAUCUGAAGAGUCCACAUGAAGGAUGAAACCUUAUGGUGAUGUGAUAGAUCCUUUGUUCUGCCCCUGCCUAAUAUAUUUUAAAUAUAUCUAAUAAUUUUAUUGCUUUGUUGAGGUUUUGUUGUGUAAUAUUGAUUUGUUUCAUGAAAUCAGUGUCUUUGUUUUGCAUUCACAGACUUUAGCUUCUGUCAGUGCGUCUGCGUUUCUUUAAUGUCUGUUUGAAGAGAAGCACUGCAGCUCCUCUGCCACAGGUCAAGGGAAACUGUGUUAUUUUAUUUUAUGUUUUUGGCUUUUUUGAAAGUUCACGUCAGUCGUCCGACUUCCCUUCUGGUUUCUGUCCCACCGCUGCUUUAUUCUCACAGUCAGAGGAGUUCAAGGUUUGCUGCCGUUUACUUCUUCUCUGAUAAAACAUGAAAUCAGAGACAGAACCAAAGCGUGUUAGAGCUGUGAGGUUAAAGAUGUGAACACCUGGAAGAUACACAUUCAGGCGUUAACGGUUUCCAACAGAGAAAAGUCUUAACGAAGCCCCUGCGCCAAAAAUAUCUGGUAGUUGUUCCACUGAACAUCUGGAUUCUAUCUGGCAAAGGUUCAUCCACGUGGAAACACAGAUGUUAAAGGACGCCACAGUUUUUCCACGUGUUACCUCUGGUGAAACUUCCAGAGAGAUAAAAGUGUCGACGUUUGAUCCUGAUUAAUUCAACAGGAGAAGAUGAAGCUUUGUUUCAUUUUGUGGGACUUUACACACGUUAAAAAUCUGCAGAUUUAGGAAGAUUUGGUGCAAAAAUGUACAACGAGAUAUUUUGGAAACUACACUUUUGUGAAGAAUUCGAUGAUGAGAGUGAAACCGUUCUCAUCUCCAGUUUAUGGCUGUAUAUGUGUUGCAUGAGUGACACCUGUAAUUUUCCUAAAGAGCGAUUUUGAAUCUCACUGUUGUGUCUCCGCCUGUCGCCAUUAGAUCUGAGAGGGACCACGGUGCAAACAGCCACACUCUUUAUGCAUUAUAUAAAUCUAUUGUUCUAUAAAAAUUCUCCCCGUGAAGUUUUCAUAAAUGGAAAAUUACAUAAAGUUUUUUACAUUUGUUUGUAACAUUUUUAGACUAAACAGCUCUAAAAUAACUGUAUUGAACGUGUUGUGUUGUCAAAAUAAACCAGAAAUAUACUAAACUUCUAUCAGAGUCUCUUCUGGACUCAGCAGCGACUCACAAUAACGUACCAGGUACUAAACUCCACGUCUCAUGUGUUUGUCGUGUUCUGUGUUUUGUCGUCACUAAUCAUCUCCCUUGUGUGUGUCUGUGCAGUGCACAGUUUCAGAGGACGUGGCUUCGCUGCAGCGUUUUAGUUUUUCUUUCACCUUUCGACCGCCGUCGUUUGUGUCUUGUUUUUAUGUCACUGAUGCUGAAUGUGGAGGCUGUGCCUCCGUCAAACAUAUUGUCACCUGCUGCAUAAUAAAUAAACCAAAGACUGAGACCUAA